CUUAACAUUUAUAAUUUUCAAUUUGCCGCUUAUAAGAAAGUCAAUCAAUAGGGAAUAAAAUAGUUCCAACAGAAAACGUGCCAUUACCGAACGCAACUUUCAUUAUUGUUUGGAUUACCAUUCGAUUUAUUUAUUCUCUGGAAUUUGAUAUGGCGAGCAAUAUGGCACGGCAUUAUUAAAAAUUUUGUCACAUAAAUCGUCUAUCGAAAGAUUGAUAAUUGUUUAAGUGAUACGAUGAUUUAUUUUCAAAUAAUUUUAUCAUCUUGUUCUUUCACCUUUAGUAGGCGUACUUGAUACUAAUGAUAUCCCGUUUAGGUGAAGGUGAGCGUAUAUGUAUGUAAACGUGAUACGUAUGUGCACGUUGAAUCAUUAUUUCUCAUAACCUUUUGAUGAAUACGAAAUAUAGCAGAUGCAAUUUGACAAUCUUAAAAGAUGUGGUUAAAUCCAUACGUCUUAUAGCCGGCAAGCAGCGGAGAUAGUAGACGCAUACUAUAUCCAAUGGAGUGGACCGUGUUCUCGUGAUUUUUCGCUUGAACGUAUCAUAUCAUGGCCUCGUCAAAUAGAAGGAUUCAAACUGGUUCUGCUUGGUUUCAAACAAAAAUUAACCUAAGACCACAGCGUCGAGGUAUCCAUCAUGUUACCGAAGAAAUCUUAAGAAGAAUUCCCGAACUUUGUGAAUUUUCUGUCGGACUUUGUCAUAUACAAAUUCUUCAUACUUCAGCAAGUUUAGCAUUAAAUGAAAAUUGGGAUCCAGAUGUUAGAGACGAUGUAGAAAUGAUGCUUAAUAAAAUAGUUCCUGAAGGGUUGGCCUAUAGACACAGUUGUGAAGGACCAGAUGAUAUGCCAGCACAUGUAAAGGCAUGUUUUCUGGGCUCUUCAUUGAGUAUUCCAAUUACCGAUGGCAAAUUGACUUUGGGUACGUGGCAAGGAAUUUGGUUGUGUGAACACCGUAAUGAGGCUGGAAGUCGUAAAGUAGCUAUAACAUUAACUGGUUGUCUCAGGGAUCCUGCACGUAGCCCUUUGAGUCCUGUUAGUCCUAUCGCUUCUACUAGUAGCUAGGACCACUCACACCCCCAAAGGCGUAGCAAACGUCAGCUGCGCAUAUCUACAUCCAGUGAUUCAAGCUAGCAGCUGCUUAAAUUUAGUCAAAUUCUAAGGGUAUAAUUCAAAAGAGUGUAUGGAUACUUAAAAAAAAUAUACAUAAGUAGUGUAUUUCUUUGUAACAAGUAAUAACUAUUAUUGAAGAAAUCUUAAGAAAAAAUAUUAAUAUAUUUGUAUAUUUCAUCUGUUAAUAAUAUUUAUCAUCAAAUUUUUCAUGUUUCUUUUCUAAAGUAUAUCAGUCUACUUAUAUCGACAGCAUUUUUUAAUCAUUCCUGUUUAAAUUAACAUACCAACAUAUUUAUGGUUUUUUUUUUAUUAUAAAAAGACAUAUGCUUAAGUUAAAAUAACAAUUGAAGUAAUAGUCAGAAGAUGUGGUUCAUUAGAUAUAAUGUUGUUCCAUACUUAUAAACUGCCAAGGCAAAUGUACAUUAUACUUAGAAACACAUAAGUAAAUUAAUAGAAGUAUCCGACACUCUUCUUCAUUGCCCUUAGAUAAAAAUUAAUAUAAUGCGUUCCGAUAUAAUGCGUCCAAUACUUCGAAUUUAAUUACAUAGCUUUAUUUAAGUAAUCCUUUUGUAAAAAAAAAAAACAAAAAAAAACUGGUUGAUAAGAAAACUGGCAUUAACAAUUACUCACUGAGAACUUGCAUCAUUUUUUUAUAAUGUGUAAGAGAAUCUCAGCUUGAGUAUGUGCAAUACAUUAUAACUUUCUAACUCACUGCUUAUCAUAGGGUAGGCAUUUCUAAUGACGUUUCCAAUGCAUUUGGGGGUGUAUAUAGAUAACAAUCAAUACUUCUUUGCUGUGCUAAUAUAUUUCUGCUAGAAAUAUCUGUGUAAGUUAUAAUAAUGAUAGUGUUAACACGUGGGCAAAUCAGUAUGAAAGUAGAACAGUUAAGAAAAUUAUCAAAUUAUGCAAAUAAUGAUUUAAACUUACUUAUAUUGUUAGGAAACUUACCAAUAAAAAGAGUAUUAUAGAAAUUAAUCUACAUUAAAACAUGUGAAAUGUCAUCUAGGGAGCUAGCACUGCAAAGAGUUGUAAUAAAAAUUACUUACAAUGUUACUAAAUUAAUUAAAGCUUAUCAAGGGAGCUUGUUGACGUAUCUAAUAUACUGUUAAGCAAGCAGUCGAUGUUAGUUGUUAAUCUUUCUUAUAUAUAGCAUAAAUGGUCGUCCAUUAUGAUUAAUGGAUAUGCUUUAAUAUGAAAUAUCCAGUGCAACUCAUAUAGCUUAAUUAUUAACAGCUCAAAAAAUAUAAGAAUAUUCAAAAUCAUAAUACCUUUGUAACAAAUUAUAAAUUUCUUUUUUUCAUAAUAAAAAGCGGAUCAGAUUGGUAUGUUUUCUAUAUAAUGUUUAAAGUUCGAAACUCACGUGUAAAUUCCAUUUAGAUUUUUUUAAUAUGCUCAAUAAAACAAGUUUUUAAAUAUAUAAAAAAUUAGAAACAUAAUGAAAAUGAAAAAUUAUGAUAUUGAAGUUUACAAAAAAUUAAUACUUCUGUAAUUGAUAUAAGUAAUAGCCUUUUUCUGGUAAUAAAUUUACAUAACAAAUUAUGUGCAUAAUUUGCAAGGUAAUUAUUAUCAACUAUAAUACAUAUAAUAUAUUUUACAAUUUACUACUACAUAAACAUAAUUAAUCUUAUUAUGAUAUUUAUAGAUUAAUUAGAUAUUAUAUUUCAUUUUAUAGUAGAGUUCUAAUUUCUUCGGUAAAAUAAUUAGUUUUCUUUAAUUAAAUAUCACAACUUCAUAAAGUUUACGUUUUAUUAACAUUAAUGAUUUAUAAAAUACAUUUUUGUUGAUUUGGUAUUAAAAUUUAUUGUGUUAUAUAAAAUAUGUCUGUAUCAAUCAUUUCAUAAUUAUUAGAUACCAGAUUUAAAAAACUUGACAAAUUUAUUGGUAUAUAAAAUAGAAAUUGUAAAUCUUAUAUUUAUUAUGUGUUUGGUAAAAGAUCAAUUAAUAGCUUAUAUAAUUAACUGAAAUUAAGCUUUAAUGAAGAAGAAUAUUACAUAAAUUAUAAGCAACAUAUGUAACAUUGUGUUUCAUUACAUAUAUGUAUAUGUAAUUUAUUGAUUUUGUAUGGUUUUUCGCAUCUUAAGGAAAAAUUGUCUUAUAUUAUUUCAAAAAGUAAUGUUAAAAAUAUUGAUGUAAUAUAAUUAAUUGUGUGUACAAUUUUCAAAGUUGUUCUGAUAUUCUUCAAAAUUUUCCUAUCUGUAUAAAAAUCAAAUGCUAAAUUUCUUAAUCAACUGUCUUUUCGAAAGCAUCUAUGCAUUUUGUUGCGUAUAUUGUGUGAAACGAAAUAGCAAAUUAAACCAUACCUGCUGUGCAUGAUUUAAUGAAAACAGUAACAUAGAAUAAUAAAAUAUAAUUUUAUGCAAAUA